GUCAGGAAGUAUCCCUGGAAGCUCAAAUGUGGCCGCGGGCAGUAAUCGGCGUCUUCAGCAGACUCAACACCAAGUAGAUGAGGUUGUCGACAUCAUGAGAGUGAAUGUGGACAAGGUGUUGGAGCGCGAUCAGAAGCUGUCAGAGUUGGAUGACCGUGCCGAUGCGCUGCAAGCAGGAGCUUCCCAGUUUGAGACCAGCGCAGCCAAGCUGAAAAGAAAGUAUUGGUGGAAGAACUGCAAGAUGUGGGCAAUAUUGAUAGCUGUGGUUGUCAUUAUCAUCAUCAUCAUCAUCG